AUGCCAAAACGUAACAGGGAAGAUAAAGAAUACAAGGAAAAUAAGAAAAGAAGGAAAUUGGCAAAGAAGAUUGAAAAAUACAAAGCCAAGAUGGCGGAGCUUGAUCCACAAGAACCAGAGCAACAAAGUGAAGAGUCUAAUUCUUUCAACGAACAAAUGGAUCAAGUUCAUGCUGAGGAGCAAGAAGUUGAGCCAGUGGUGGAUUCUAUUAUAAUUGAUGAAGAAGAGGAUAUGGAGCUAUCCAGUGAUAUAGUUUCGGCCUUAGGUGAGGUGAUUGGCACUCAAAAGGAAUAUGGUGAUGACAUACAUCCUAGCAUAUUGAAGAUUAUUGAAAACAUUUUAACGGAGGGGCUGACAAAGGAACAGAGGGAGACCAUAAACAAGUCUGCACUCAUACCAGGUAAUGCAAAAUUACUUGAUGCACCAAAGCUUAACACGGAGAUAAUUGGACUUAUUAAUCAGGCGACCAGAACCAGAGACACCCUCAUGGUAGCAAGACAACAAGACUUAGGCCUAGCUAUAGGCACUAUUUGUCAGACAAUACAUGACAUGACCAAGAAAGAUUAUGACAAGAUUAAGAUUAUAAAGAUGCUUGGAGAGAGUGCCCGGCUACUAUCCAAUCUACACUGUCAAUACACUAAUAUAAGAAAGAGACUUAUCUCACCGUUCCUAGAUAAGGCUUUGCAACUCAACCUAAAAGAUAAUAAACGAACAGAAUUCUUGUAUUCAAAACUAGAAGAGACAGUUAAGACUACCACAGCUAUGAAGAGAGCGGCCAAUAUACUCAAACCAAAAAACUUCUCAGGAAAUACUGCUAAAAAACCUCCCGAUCCUCCAGAUAAACUAUUUGAGUACACCCCUGUAAUGACUAUUACCAUCCCCAACCCCGGAAAUGAUGCCAUGGAUGCGGAAAAUAUUUCAAAUAGAAAAAGACCGGCACAAUCUCCCCCAGUUACUGUGAUUAACCCACCCAAAGUGGCAAAAGUUAACGGAAGGCAGUGCUACACACCCAAUGAUGCCCCACCUUAUAUUGUUCAUGUUGCUUUGAGAGAUUCGCAAACCUCAGGCACAACCCUACACCCCGUGAAAUUUGGCAUGUUCUUAAUGAAGAACAACAUAAACAAUCUACUAACAUUGCAGACAUACCUCGAAGCGAUAAAGUUCGACAGAACCAUAUCUAUCCGUCUGCCAUACCACAUGACGCUGGCAGAAUAG